CCUGUAGCAGCUACAUCCUGAUCUGCAGGGAGGCUGCUUGUCCUCGGCUGUGCAAGGUGCCUAAGAGGAAGAAAACCCCCCUCGGGCGCCAUGUGGCAGCAGUCCCAGCUUCUCUUCCUGCUGUGUCUGGUUCUGUCCGGCGGCUCUGCUGACAAGUUUACAGAUGAUGAAGAGGAGGAUGGCUGCACAUUAAUAGAUGCUCUCCCAUACGUGGUCGUGGGAGGAGCUGCUCUGAUGUACGCGGGACCAGCCCUGCUGGCUACAUUGGGGUUCCAGGCCACCGGCAUAGCAGCCAACUCCGUGGGUUCCUGGCUGAUGAGCUGGUCUGCCAUAAGUUCAGGAGGCGGCGUGCCUGCAGGGGGAGUCGUGGCCACGCUCCAGAGCCUCGGGGCUCAAGCAGGCAGCGUGGCCUGGGGGUCGGUCGGCUCCAAGCUGGGCUACACCGUCCACCAGAACUUCAUCUGCGGCAAGAAGCAGAAGUCCAAGAAGCAGUAAUCCCCCUCCCCCGCAGCUCUCCUCUCGCCGGCUGUCGGGAAAGCUACCUCUGGGCUCGCCAUACCGAGCCUGGGCAUAGGCAUAGUUUGACUUCUGUAUUUGGGGGAAGGGGUUUGAUGUAAUUCUCCAGGUGUCUGCUCUAAUUCCUACUGAAAUCAAUAGGUG